CGGAGCAUCCAGACAUGCCCAGAGGCUUCAGCUGCUUGGGAAGCCCUGAGGGGAAGGACGGCAGGUAUGAGACCCCCGCGGCUUCAGAGCUCCAGAGGCUGACGUGGACAAAGAAAGGGACCAGCGGCCAUCUGGAUGAGGUUCAGCCCAGGAUCUAUAUUGGAGACAUGUAUGCAGCCAAAGACAAGAGGACACUUCAGGCUCACCACAUCACCCACGUACUUAACGCUGCUGACGGGAAGUUCAACGUGAACACGGGCCCCGGCUUCUACAGAGACACCAGAAUCACUUAUCAUGGAGUGGAAGCUUUUGACAUGCCAUCCUUUAACUUGAGUCCCUUCUUUUACCCAGCGGCCAAUUUUAUCAAGAACGCUUUAAGCUCGCCCACAGGUAAGGUGUUUGUCCACUGUGCGAUGGGUCUCAGCCGCUCGUCCACCUUGGUUCUGGCCUACCUGAUGAUCCACGAGCACAUGACGCUGGUGGACGCCAUCAAAGCUGUCAGCGCCAACAGGAACAUCUCACCUAACAAUGGUUUCCUGGAGCAGCUCCGAGAGCUGGACAAAAAGCUGCACUGCCAGGGAUCAUCGAGGAGCUGGAGUGCCAACGGACGGACUUGAGAUAAAAUCCAUCAGUUCAUAAAUGUGGAUUAUACUUUUGUGUUUAAAGUAAUCAAUAAUCAUAAUCAAA